UCAUUGUAGUAGGUUGUAUGUCAAAAUAUUUUUGUUUUGUUCGUCGUAUUUUUACUUUUUCAAAGCUUAAUAUGUAAAAAAAUUAAUAAAUUUCAUCAUUUUUAUUAAUUAACUAUAAAAGGUAAAUGCAGUUUUGUAGUUUAGAUGUCAUGUUUAGGAGGCAUAUUCUCCUUUGCUAUUGGUGGUAGUCAUGUCAGAGUGUGCGCUGGUAGCCAGUGUAAGCGAUCAUGAUGCCAGUAUGGAUGUGGGUAACGACAAAUCCCUAUUCGAACCUACUAUUGAUAUGAUGGUAAAUGAUUUCGACGACGAGAGAACAUUAGACGAAGAAGAAGCUUUAGCGGCAGGUGAGCAUCAAGACCCGAAGGCUGAAUUAAAUAGUCUACAGCGGGAAGGUGAUAUGCCUUUAGAGGAAUUACUUGCUUUAUACGGUUACAAUAGAAAUAUGGAUAAACCUAUUCCAGAGCAACCACCAGAGGUGGUGCCAGAGGAGAUUGAAAAGACAGAAUCGGCCUUGCAGCAGUUAUACAGUGACAACACCAGCCCUGAAGCCACGCGGUGCCUCCGGUCAGGUUCGAGACCGCCAUCUGAAGAAGAAGAUGACUAUGAUUAUAGUCCUGAUGAAGAUGACUGGAAGAAAACGAUAAUGGUAGGUAGUGAUUAUCAAGCAGCUAUACCAGAAGGAUUAUGUAGUUAUGAUGAUGCUUUACCUUAUGAAAACGAGGAUAAGUUACUGUGGAAUCCGAGUGUUCUUGAUGAAAAAGUGAUUGAGGACUAUAUGAAAAAAAAUUGUGCUAUGAAUUCAGGAACAGGUGUGGAUGCUGUACCUAUAGGUAAGCAAUUGCGGGAUGAUGAAGAAGCUUUAUUUCUGCUACAACAAUGUGGUCAUAAUGUAGAAGAAGCUUUAAGAAGGCGAAGGAUAUCAGCCCAGACACCUGCCCAUGCAAGUGUGUGGUCAGAGGAAGAGUGUAGAAAUUUCGAAAAUGGUAUCAAAGUUCACGGUAAAGAUUUCCAUUUAAUCCGUCAACAAAAGGUCAGAACAAGAUCUGUUGGUGAACUCGUACAAUUUUAUUAUAUUUGGAAAAAGACAGAGAGACAUGAUAUAUUUGCUAAUAAAACACGAUUAGAGAAGAAAAAGUAUACUUUGCAUCCUGGCCAUACUGAUUAUAUGGAUAGAUUUUUGGAAGAACAGGAAGCAUCAGGGACAAGUGUUAUUCGACCUGUUUCACCCACACCUAUGAUGAUGUAUGUGCCUUCACCAGCUGCUCAGCCUGAUCCUUUAGCUCUGGGGGAAAAGGAGGUGUUUUCCCAACUAAAUCCUCACACAACACCUCCCAGGACCUUGUCCACUGAGGAACCAGAACCUGAUACAGUUUCCUAAUACAUGUAUAUUUGGCUAUGCCAUCUUUCAUGUAGAAUGCACUGUUUAUGACAUAAUUGUUGUUAAAAACUUAGCUAUUCCUGUAUGCAUAAUUGUUUUAAUGUUGAUGAGGUUUUUAAACGUGAGGCCAUAGUUUUUUCAUACAAAUAUGGACAGAUCAGUGUAAAUAAUAAUUAGUCUUGGGGUUUUUUUUUAUAUGGGAAUAGUGUUGCUCAGAAAUUGAAGUGUUGUAACUGUUGCAACAUUUGUAAAGUGUUGCUAUAGUUUUAUAGUAAUGUGUAUUUCUGUGAUGUUCAAAUGUCGUUCAGAAUAAACUUACAAUGCUAGCUGUUUGAUAAAAUGCUUGACUAUAUAUCAAAUAUAAUUGGACUAUUCGGGUUCCGGUUUUAGAUUUGAUGUUAAGUUGAGAUUUUACAUUUUUAAUGUUUUUGUAAAUGUAAUAUAUCGCUGUUCAAACAUAUUUAGGUGCUUACACCUACAAAUGUCUGUAUGUAAUGAAAACAAAUAGUCUAAUUAUAUUGAUAUAUAAGUGAUUUUUAAAAUAAUUAACAGUGUAAAUACUAACCUACAUGUCUAGUGCAUGUAUCAUUAUAUUAAACAUAUUUUUCAGUAUUUUUUACGAGUAAAUAUCAAUAAUUAUUUGUAUAAUGUUUAAUAAAAAUGUAUGAUUUAUUUAAUACAAUGCGAAUUAUAAGUGUUAUUUUAAGUUAUUUUUCUUUUAAAUUAAAUUUAGGAUUGCUGAACUAUGUCUAAUUAUUUUUAAUCUUAUUUAAAAAUAAUCAUUAUGUUCUAAUUGUUUGAUAAGUAAUUCUUAAAUUUUCAGUGAAUAAUUGAAUAGUGUAAGUUUUACUUUUAUAUUAUUCUUCUUCUUCUUCUUCUUUGUUCAAACCCUCUUCCCAGUUCAGCUGGGGUUGGGUCUCCUUGUACAUCUGCGCCAGAGAACUCUGUUCUGGGUUGUCUGUGUACUCAGAUUCUCUUUCUGGGCCUCUUUUUGUAUGUUUGACCACCAGGUUGCGGCGGUCGCCAUCUUCGCGGCGGUCGCCCUCUUCCCCGCGGUCGCCCUUUUCCCCGCGGUCGCCCUCUUCCCCGCGGUCGGUCCGGGAUAUUUAAGGCUUUCUUGAUAGGAUGAUCAUCGUUACGUCUUAGGAUAUGGCCGACUAGCGCAGUCGACAUUCCUUCAAUUUUUCCACAAUUGGUGUUACCUUGAACGAUCCCCUGACAUACUCAUUCCUUACUUUGUCCAGCCGGGUGAUUCCUUCGCCCAUCUAAGCAUUUUCAUCUCGCUUGUAUGCAGUUGUUGUUUUACUUUUAUAUUAUAACUAUGAUAAUAAUUGUGUUAUUACAAUUGAAUUUUAAGUAUAUAUAUAGUUAUACAGUGCCUAUUGCUAUAUUAUAAUAUGCAUAAUAGAAUAAAUAUACUAUUAAAAAGCAUAUCAAAAUAAAAUAAAAAAACUGAAAUUGAUAAACAAUUGUAAUAAUUUUUAACUAAAACUUGAAUGCAAAUAAUAGAAUUAUCAUUAAAAACAUAUUUUUUAAAAUAUAUAUAGUUAAAACCAAUUACUCUGCAAAUGUAUGUAUAUAAUUAUACUUAAUUAUUUAAUAUUAUAUAAAAUAUAGUCCAUUGCAAUAGUAAUAAAUUUUGAAAUAUAUAUAAACUAUAUAAGGUUAAUUGAAAUAAAUAGUUUUUUUUAAAACAAAAUCAAUAAAUGAUUUAUUAACAUUUAAACUACAAGCAGUUGUAUAUUUAACUAGUGGCAAAUGUUUAGAGCCCAUAAUAGAAGGUAAUGCCAGUGGUUAGAAGAUGUGAAUCUUAUCUGAUGCUUUCGAGUUCAAACCCAGGCAAGUAUCAGUGUUUAUAAUUCAUCUUGUGUUCGGUGGUAAAGGAAAACAUCGUGAGGAAACGUACAUGUAAUGGACCAACCCACAAUGGAGCAAGUUUCAAACCUUCUAGAAAAAGAGAGGAGGCCUUAGUCCAGCUGUAGGAGGGCCUGUUACUUUACUUUUACAAUUUUAUGUAUAUACUUUAGAUGUACAUCCUUCAGGUUCAUCGUUCAUAUGUACAUAUUAUGGAAUGGGCUAUAUUUUUAAGUAUAUAGGGCUGUCAUUGUAUAUUAGCCAUCUCAGUCAAUUAAGCUGGAUGUUUUAUGUUAUGUGGAUUAAAUACUUCUUUGGAAAUUACGAUAAAUUGUGUAAUUUUUACAAUGUCGGGAUUCAUUUACAAAUAUUACUGCAUUUUGAACGACGACGGUAAAUAUUUAUAACAAAAAAUGUUUAUAUUUGUUAGUUUUUUUGGACAUAGAAACUAUAAAGUAGUAUAAUAAAUUGCUAGUUCUUCAAGUCACGAAACAUUCUUAAGAAGCAAAUGCCGUCGUAUUUCUAAUCGAAUACAAACAAAACGUUAGUUUUGGGUUAAUAUGCGUUUCAAGACUGUUUGAGGGGUUAUGAUAAAUACCCACAUAAGUACAAACUACAGUUUGUUUUAUACUUGCACGUAUAAUAAUAAUUUUUUUACUUGUAGUACAUAGAUAAUGGUGUAAAAAAUUAAAUUUAAGAAUAAACAGUGCAAAUCG